AUGUUUGGACUCAGUUUGGAGAUAGACUCUUGUUGUGGACAACACAUAGACUCUUGUUGUGGACAUAACAUAGACUCUAGUUGUGGACAACAGAUAGACUCUAGUUGUGGACAUAACAUAGACUCUAGUUGUGGACAUAACAUAGACUCUAGUUGUGGACAACAGAUAGACUCUAGUUGUGGACAUAACAUAGACUCUAGUUGUGGACAACAGAUAGACUCUAGUUGUGGACAACAGAUAGACUCUAGUUGUGGACAACAGAUAGACUCUACUUGUGGACAACAGAUAGACUCUAGUUGUGGACAUAACAUAGACUCUAGUUGUGGACAACAGAUAGACUCUAGUUGUGGACAACAGAUAGACUCUACUUGUGGACAACAGAUAGACUCUAGUUGUGGACAACAGAUAGACUCUAGUUGUGGACAACAGAUAGACUCUAGUUGUGGACAACAGAUAGACUCUAGUUGUGGACAACAGAUAGACUCUAGUUGUGGACAUAACAUAGACUCUAGUUGUGGACAACAGAUAGACUAUAGUUGUGGACAUAACAUAGACUCUAGUUGUGGACAACAGAUAGACUCUAGUUGUGGACAUAACAUAGACUCUAGUUGUGGACAUAACAUAGACUCUAGUUGUGGACAACAGAUAGACUCUAGUUGUGGACAUAACAUAGACUCUAGUUAUGGACAUAACAUAGACUCUAGUUGUGGACAACAGAUAGACUCUAGUUGUGGACAACAGAUAGACUCUACUUGUGGACAACAGAUAGACUCUAGUUGUGGACAACAGAUAGACUCUAGUUGUGGACAACAGAUAGACUCUAGUUGUGGACAACAGAUAGACUCUAGUUGUGGACAUAACAUAGACUCUAGUUGUGGACAACAGAUAGACUCUAGUUGUGGACAUAACAUAGACUCUAGUUGUGGACAACAGAUAGACUCUAGUUGUGGACAACAGAUAGACUCUAGUUGUGGACAACAGAUAGACUCUAGUUGUGGACAUAACAUAGACUCUAGUUGUGGACAUAACAUAGACUCUAGUUGUGGACAUAACAUAGACUCUAGUUGUGGACAUAACAUAGACUCUAGUUGUGGACAUAACAUAGACUCUAGUUGUGGACAUAACAUAGACUCUAGUUGUGGACAUAACAUAGACUCUAGUUGUGGACAUAACAUAGACUCUAGUUGUGGACAUAACAUAGACUCUAGUUGUGGACAUAACAUAGACUCUAGUUGUGGACAUAACAUAGACUCUAGUUGUGGACAUAACAUAGACUCUAGUUGUGGACAUAACAUAGACUCUAGUUGUGGACAUAACAUAGACUCUAGUUGUGGACAUAACAUAGACUCUAGUUGUGGACAUAACAUAGACUCUAGUUGUGGACAUAACAUAGACUCUAGUUGUGGACAACAGAUAGACUCUAGUUGUGGACAUAACAUAGACUCUAGUUGUGGACAACAGAUAGACUCUAGUUGUGGACAACAGAUAGACUCUACUUGUGGACAACAGAUAGACUCUAGUUGUGGACAUAACAUAGACUCUAGUUGUGGACACCAGAUAGACUCUAGUUGUGGACAACAGAUGACUCUAAUAGAAUCUAGUUGUGGACAACAGAUAGACUCUACUUGUGGACAACAGAUAGACUCUAGUUGUGGACAUAACAUAGACUCUAGUUGUGGACAACAGAUAGACUCUACUUGUGGACAACAGAUAGACUCUAGUUGUGGGCAACAGAUAGACUCUAGUUGUGGACAACAGAUAGACUCUAGUUGUGGACAACAGAUAGACUCUAGUUGUGGACAACAGAUAGACUCUAGUUGUGGACAUAACAUAGACUCUAGUUGUGGACAACAGAUAGACUCUACUUGUGGACAACAGAUAGACUCUAGUUGUGGACAUAACAUAGACUCUACUUGUGGACAACAGAUAGACUCUAGUUGUGGACAACAGAUAGACUCUAGUUGUGGACAACAGAUAGACUCUAGUUGUGGACAACAGAUAGACUAUAGUUGUGGACAUAACAUAGACUCUAGUUGUGGACAACAGAUAGACUCUACUUGUGGACAACAGAUAGACUCUAGUUGUGGGCAACAGAUAGACUCUAGUUGUGGACAACAGAUAGACUCUAGUUGUGGACAACAGAUAGACUCUAGUUGUGGACAACAGAUAGACUCUAGUUGUGGACAUAACAUAGACUCUAGUUGUGGACAACAGAUAGACUCUACUUGUGGACAACAGAUAGACUCUAGUUGUGGACAACAGAUAGACUCUACUUGUGGACAACAGAUAGACUCUAGUUGUGGACAACAGAUAGACUCUAGUUGUGGACAACAGAUAGACUCUAGUUGUGGACAACAGAUAGACUAUAGUUGUGGACAUAACAUAGACUCUAGUUGUGGACAACAGAUAGACUCUAGUUUUGGACAACAGAUAGACUCUACUUGUGGACAACAGAUAGACUCUAGUUGUGGACAACAGAUAGACUCUAGUUGUGGACAUAACAUAGACUCCAGUUGUGGACAUAACAUAGACUCUAGUUGA